ACGUUCAUAUCACCAGUAACAAGCCCCAGAUUUCAGUCCAGAAUCUUCGAAAUUCAACACCAUCUCACAUCAUGUCUUCCAAACUCAACAUUGGCGUAGUGGGCAUAGGCCGGAUGGGCCAACGCCACGCCCUGAACAUCCUCCAUCAUGUCCCAAGAGCUCGCCUGCUAUGCGUCUGCUCCCCCGCACCGCAUGAGAUUGAAUGGGCCGAGCAGACACUCAAGCCAGAGGGUGUCCAAGUUUUUGCCGACAUGGAGCAGAUGAUCCAAACGCCCGGCUUACAGGCCGUGGUUAUCGCGUCCUCCACGAACCUGCACAUCACGCAUACCCUGGCGGCCAUGGAGCGGGGCAUCCAUGUUCUCUGUGAGAAACCGAUCACAACCGAUGUGGCAGAGUUACAAUCCCUUAUUGAAAGAGCAAAGAAAUGGUCAGCAAGACUGAUGGUCGGGUUUGUCCGGCGGUUCGACAAGAACUACGCUGAUGCGCGCGCAAAGAUCCAGUCCGGCCUCAUCGGUAGUCCGUUGGUCGUGCGAUCCCAGGGCACUGAGAAGCUGGAUAAGUCCGGGUAUUUCAUUAACUAUGCCCGCGUCAGCGGGGGUAUCUUCCUAGAUACGGUCAUCCACGAUAUCGACUUGACAUUGUCGUUUUUUGGUGACGACACCCGGCCCAAAUCAUGCUACGCGACCGGGCUGAUUUCGCAUCAUCAUGAGAUGAAGGAGUUCGGGGACGCCGAUAAUGCUGUCGGCGUUGUCGAGUUUUGGGAUGGGCGGAUAGCGUAUUACUAUCAUUCGCGGACGACGCAGCAUGGGUAUGAUAACUGUACAGAGAUCGUGGGGAGCGAGGGGAAGAUUGGGAUUAAUCUGUUACCGACGGUGAAUAAGGUGCAGGUCUCCGGGGUUAGUGGGAUUAUACGCGAGGCGUUUCCCAGCUGGAUUGAUCAAUAUAAGGAGGCGUUUGUGACGGAGAUGGAGGCAUUUUCAGAGGCAAUCCUAGAUGGCAAGGAGCUUCCGAUGAAGCUGGAGGCCGCUUUGACGGGGUUGAAGAUUGCAGAGGCUCUCCAGCAGAGUCUAGUCUCGGGGAAGAAGAUCGAGUUUGGGGAGGAUGGGGAGCGUAAGCUGACAUCUUCUCUGUGAUGUGGAAGUAUAGAGCCUAGAAAUCUGAGUAUCGAGUUACAAAGCGUAUGGGGUAGAGCUAGAUGAAUCUUGAGGCAACGGCCAGUUAUGGGUUUCCUGACCCCUGAGGCGCGCAGUUGUGUUGUAUAGAAAAGUCCAUCCCCAGAAUGAGAUUGGGCCUAGAAGCACAGAUUGGCCGCUAAAACUAAAGCCAGCGC